AUGCCCAACGCCACCAUGCGCGCCGUUGUCUUCAAGGAGGUGGGACGGGUUGUUGUUGAAGACAGGCCAACGCCUCGCAUUGAGGAUCCUCGGGACGCCAUCGUCAAGGUGACAGCGGCCGGACUUUGUGGUAGCGAUCUGCAUUGGUUCCGUGGCCACCAGAAGAUCCCAGCCGACUUCAUUCCAGGCCAUGAGAUUGUUGGCCUGGUAGAGGCUGUGGGCACCAAUGUCUCCAAGUUCAAAGUUGGCCAGCCAGUUGUGGCUUCCUUCUCGAGCCAGUGUGGACAGUGCUUUUAUUGUGAAAAGGGACAAACAAGUCGCUGCCCCGAGUACUAUCUCUUCGGCAACAGGUCAACUGAGAGGGACAUCGACGGCGGCCAAGCCGAGUACGUCCGCAUUCCAUAUGCUGACACAACUCUCACGCUGGCCCCCAAGUCCAUUCCUGAGCGACUUCUGGUUCUCAUGGGCGAUAUCUUUCCCACGGGAUAUUUCUGUGCCUCUAGAUUUCUCAAACGAAUGAACCCGGAGGAGGCUAAGAAGACAGUUGUUGCGGUGGUUGGUUGCGGCCCGGUUGGCAUCUGCGCCAUUGCAUCUGCUUUGACCUGGUCCGAAACGGUUUAUGCCAUCGAUAUGAUUCCCGACCGCCUUGCCGAAGCAGAGAAGAUCGGUGCAAAGCCUCUUCUGCUCUCCGAGAACCCAGCUGAGACUAUCAGAGCUGCAACCCAGGGUCGAGGAGCUGACCUGGCGCUCGAGGUUGUCGGAGGUCAGGAGCCCUUUAAUCUUUGCAUGGACUUAAUUCGACCGUUUGGGAUCAUCAGCAGCGUUGGCGUUCAGACCAGCGAUCUCACCUUCAGAGGGCCGACACUCCACGGGAAGAAUGUCACCAUUGAAUGGGGACGUUGCCCUGUCUACGGUAUCUUUGAUGAAGCAUUGGAUUGUCUCGUCAAGUUACAAGACAAGGUCUCUUUCCUCUGCGAUAAGAAGAUGAAGUUGGAAGACGCAGUUGAGGCUUAUGAGAUAUUUGACAGUCGUCGAGCUCACAAGAUCAUUCUUGUACCCUAG